AUGCCACCCAAGAAAAAGGGCGCUGCUCCGGCGAAGGCCAAAGCGACCGAGGCGACACGCGCAACCGCACCAACAAUUCCAUCUACAAUUACCACCAACCGUGGUAAAGAGAUUGAGACUACGGCUGCUGCUACUCGUCCAAAGCGUGAGACGGUACCUGCUGCAGCUGCCGCUUCAGCUCCGAAGAAACCUGCAGGUGACUAGUUCAUGGACCUUCAUUAUUAGCAUUGAUGUUAACGCGUUACAGGCACGAAGCGUGGCCGCUCUACCUCUGACGUCAACAAGGAACCACCAACGAAGCGUGGCCGUCCGUCUGAGGCUGCCACUGACGAGGAGAACUUAGCCCCGGCUCCUACCAAGCGUGGCCCUGGACGUCCACCAAAGAACGCCUCUGCCUCAAAGGCUGUUCCGGAGGAGGACCCCGCCCCGGUCCCUGCCAAGCGCGGGCCCGGACGUCCACCAAAGGCCGCGUCUGCUGCUAAGGCUGCCCCAGUCCCCAAGUCGACUGCUGCGGGCAAGAAGCGAGGCCGUCCUACCAAACAUGAGGAUGAGGAUGAACCACCAAAUGACAACGAAGACGACGAGGAGCAGCCAGAGGAAGAGGCCGAAUUGAAAGAACCGCAACCUAAACGCGGUCGUACCGCCAGGGCCGCCGCUGCUACUCAGAAGAAGGACGCGCCUGCCGUUCCCGAGAAUGAGGCCGCUCCACCGAAGCGUCGCGGUCGUCCGCCAAAAGGUGGCGAGACGACACGCAUCUCGCGCGAUGACGAGGCCGCCGCUGAACAGUUGGAAGACGAGCUGAUCGAGACUGCUGAUGAGAAGACUGGCGCCGCUAGCAAUCGUAAGAGCAAAGCUCCUCUUACGAAGAAGGGAAAGGGGAAAGCUGCUCAGGAAGUACCCAUCGACACGAAAAGUGACGAGGGCGAGCAGAGUGAACGUGGCAAGAAGUACUGGCUGAUGAAAGCUGAGCAGGAGGGCCAUGACGUGCCCAUCCAAGCUGGAGGCACGUUCAACACCACUUUCACUAUCGACGACCUCCGCAGCAAGACCGAGCCUGAGCCUUGGGAUGGUGAGCAUAACAUUUUCUCCCUGAUGGAAGCUUAUUCACUAACAACACAUAGGAGUGCGCAACCCUAGCGCUGCGAAGAACAUGAGAGAUAUGAAGAAGGGCGAUCUGGCAUUCUUCUACGCUAGUGGGGGCAAGAAUCCUGGUAUGUUCCGCAGCAGAGACAAAGCUGUCUCCAUGCUUCAUGCUUCAGCGUCGCUAAUCUUCCACUGUUUUUCCAGGUAUCGUGGGUAUCAUGGAAAUUGUUCAGGAAGCCUCUCCCGAUGAGACUGCCUGGAACAAGUCCACCGCCGGCUUCGUGGAGAAGGAAAAGGACCGCGACAAAUGGUGCGUCGUCCACGUCGUCUUCCGCAAGAAGCUGUCCAAACCAGUCUAUCGAAGCGAACUCCAGAAGCAUCUGGGCGACGGUUCGCUCAACAAGAUGCAAGAAUUCAAGGCAGCCCGCCUCAGCGUCUCCAAGGUCUCUGAAGAUGAAUGGAACUUCAUCACAGAGAACCUCGUUGAGGGCUACGAGGAUGGUAAUGAUGACGAGGCCACCGAUGGUAUGCCCCAGGUCCCAGCUGGUCCAAAGGAUCCAAAGGAUCCAGGCCCUCCAAACGGCGUCGAGGCUGCUGCUGACGCUGUUGCUGUCGGUGCUACCGAUGCAACUGCAACGACCACGACGAAGACGCCGAACGACGAAACAGCCAUUCAAGAAACUACCGCUGUCAAGGAGUCCGUUCCCCCAAACGAUGUACCCGCCAUUAUGCAGUCUACUGAGGCCGAGCAGCCCAUGACCGACAUUCCAGCCGCGACCUCUGCCACUUCUCGCCGAACCUCUCGUGCCGAAUCCCGUCAGCCGUCGGUCAAACCAGGUGGCUCUCGCGCAGGGUCUCGCGUAGGGAGCCUGGCACCACCAGCUGCCACGUCCUCUCGUCCAGGCUCAAGCGCUGGAGCUCGUGCUCGUAGCCGUACGCCCAAGCCGAACACGGCAGCUGCAGCUGUGGAGGAGUCCACUGUCAUGCAGACUGUUGUUGAGGAAGAGCACCUCGCUCCCGCCUAG